AUGUAUACCCCCGCCUUCGCUCUUUUCAUCACCACGCUCUCUACCGUAAGCGCGCAAUAUAGCGCGACCUAUCUACCUGAUACCGCACCCGACACAUCAGAACAAGGCCAGAGUGGGACCAACAAAUGCGGGACGACGUCCAGUCAGAAUUCGAUGUGCCAGAAUGUUUAUAUUAAUGGCGUCGAUGAUUUCUGCCUAUGGGCACCUCCUACGGCAGGCGCAGAGUCUACUAUUGGGGAUACAGAGCGCAUCGAAGUCUCAUGGUGCCUGAAGGACGGCUAUGGUACCCGUAUUAUUCCUAGCGGUGCCAUCACAGGAGCGCAUUUCGUUCAGACGCCCGAUUUUAUUCAAGUUACGGGAUCGGGAGAUUUGACGAAGCUUAAUAUCCCCUCUGGCGAUGCAGGGGGAGAGCUUGACCCUCAUGGUGCCGAUGGGAAUGGGAACCCCAUUGGAGGUUUGGUCUUCUCUACCGCCUUUGGUAAGCUUGAACAAGUUUUCGAGUGGACGAACUUCAUGUCGGCGGACCAGUUUUGUUUCCGGGCUUGCAAUCCCGCUGGGAGCAUGGCGCCUACCUGGUGUCAACAUAUCUACGACGUGAUGGGAUGCGAAUGGAACAUGCCUGGCAACUAUGACGCCGGGGAGUUCGAGUCGUGUCAGGGUGAUAGUGGACAGCCUAUGGGUGUGUACGGUACCUCGACGUUCCACCAGGGUGACGCCUCUACACCCGCCGCUCACUCCAUACCGUUAUCUUCGCAAUGUACGACUGUUUCUGCGAUUGGAGGUGGCAGCGCGAUUCUGACUGGUGUAUCCGCCACCACGACUGCAACGAGCUCCGGGACGACUAUCACCGGAACGUCGAUCAGUUCAAGUCCGACUAGUACCGGAACGGGUGCAAAGAGUUCUGGAUCGGGCGCUAGCGGACAUUCCUCGAACCUGGAGACAACCACGCGUAGUAGUUCUAGUGGUAGCGCUUCGACUGCGUCCUUGCCUAUCGGCUCGGCGACUACUAGUUCGGGUAGCACGACAAAUGAAGGAGUUGUCGCACGCUGGCAGCCCCGGAUAGGCAUCGCUGUUGCCAUCGUGGGCGGCUUGGCUAUGCUCUAG